CGCGUCCGCCGCGAAUAAGGCGAGCGCAGGGCGGGCCCGGCGGGGUGCGAGCGGCGCCGCAGGCCGCCGCGCUGAGGCACUCGGCGGAGGGAAGUGGCGCAGCAUGAUGCGGCUGUGGCGUUCGGCGCUGCUGCGGGAGCUGCUGCUGCUCGGCGCGCCGGGGGCGGCUGGAGGCGGCGGCCCGGGGCCCGGCGCUGGCUCCAGGCGCCUCCCGCCGCCGCCGGCCGCCUUUGGCAGUAGCCUCGGCGCCUCUCGGCGCGGCCCGGGGCUGCUGCCGCCGUCUUCAGCGCAGGGUUUGUGCACUCGCUCGGAGGGAGUCUUGGAGGAGCCGGGAAAGGGGGCGCAGGCGCCGCCGCCGGCCCCCGGCGAACCUCCUGCCGACAGCGGCCACAACAAUAACCACGGCGGCAGCAAGGAGUUGGCCGGAGGCGGCGGCGGGGGGGAGAAUAAAGUGAAACAAGGCCUCCUUCCUAGCUUAGAAGAUCUACUUUUCUAUACUAUUGCAGAAGGACAAGAAAAAAUACCGGUUCAUAAAUUCAUAACUGCACUCAAAUCGACAGGAUUACGUACAUCUGAUCCCCGCUUGAAAGAGUGCAUGGAUAUGUUAAGACUGACCCUUCAGACUACUUCAGAUGGUGUUAUGCUGGACAAAGACCUUUUUAAAAAGUGUGUACAAAGUAAUAUUGUGUUGCUUACUCAAGCUUUCAGGAGGAAGUUUGUCAUUCCAGAUUUCAUGUCGUUUACUUCACAUAUUGAUGAGCUAUAUGAAAGUGCUAAAAAACAAUCUGGAGGAAAGGUUGCUGACUAUAUUCCCCAACUCGCCAAGUUCAGCCCUGACUUGUGGGGUGUGUCACUUUGCACAGUGGAUGGACAGAGGCAUUCUGUUGGCGAUACCAAAGUUCCAUUUUGUCUUCAGUCCUGUGUAAAGCCUUUGAAAUAUGCUAUUGCUGUUAAUGAUCUUGGCACAGAGUACGUGCACAGAUAUGUUGGUAAAGAGCCUAGUGGAUUAAGAUUCAACAAAUUGUUCCUGAAUGAAGAUGACAGACCUCAUAACCCUAUGGUGAAUGCUGGAGCAAUUGUGAUCACAUCUUUAAUCAAGCAAGGAGCAAAUAAUGCAGAAAAAUUUGACUACGUGAUGCAAUUCAUGAAUAAAAUGGCCGGUAAUGAGUAUGUUGGAUUCAGUAAUGCUACGUUCCAAUCCGAAAGAGAGAGUGGAGAUAGAAACUUUGCAAUCGGCUAUUACUUGAAAGAAAAAAAGUGCUUUCCUGAAGGCACAGAUAUGGUUGCUAUACUAGACUUCUAUUUUCAGCUUUGCUCAAUAGAGGUAACGUGUGAAUCAGCAAGUGUGAUGGCAGCAACUCUGGCUAAUGGUGGCUUUUGCCCAAUCACUGGUGAAAGAGUGCUGAGUCCUGAAGCAGUCCGGAAUACCUUGAGUUUAAUGCAUUCCUGUGGCAUGUAUGACUUUUCAGGGCAGUUUGCCUUCCAUGUUGGUCUUCCUGCAAAAUCUGGAGUUGCUGGUGGAAUUCUUCUGGUUGUUCCUAAUGUCAUGGGCUUGAUGUGCUGGUCACCUCCUUUGGACAAGAUGGGCAACAGUGUUAAAGGAAUUCACUUCUGUCAUGAUCUGGUUUCUUUGUGCAAUUUCCAUAACUAUGAUAAUUUGAGACACUUUGCAAAAAAGCUUGAUCCUCGCAGAGAAGGUGGUGAUCAGCGGGUGAAAUCUGUGAUCAAUCUGCUGUUCGCUGCCUACACAGGGGAUGUGUCUGCACUCCGAAGAUUUGCUCUGUCGGGAAUGGAUAUGGAGCAAAGAGACUAUGACUCCCGAACAGCCCUGCAUGUAGCAGCUGCAGAAGGACAUGUGGAUGUUGUUAAAUUUCUGCUGGAAGCAUGCAAAGUGAAUCCUUUUCCCAAAGACAGGUGGAAUAACACGCCGAUGGAUGAAGCUUUACAUUUUGGACACCAUGACGUAUUUAAAAUUCUGCAGGAAUAUCAGGUCCAGUACACACCAUCAGAGGAUUCCAACAAUGGAAAGGAGAACCGAACGGUUCAUAAAAAUCUGGAUGGCUUACUAUAAUCAUCUUCAGCUUGAUCCUAAGAAUCGAAUUAUCUGUUUAAUUGUGGUAUACCUAAGUAAUGAGGAGCGUGUGUGUUUCUAUCUGAUAGUGGUAUAUAUUUUACAGAAGUCUCUGUUACUUCAGUGUUACGUUAUAGGAGUUUCUAUACGCACAGGACAAAUCUAAUCUCUCUCAAAAGAAACAAAACCAACUAAGAAUCUCCCUCCAUAAUGUGAGCAAUAUUACCUCAUGCUGCAUAUAAUUGAUGUAUAAAACUAUUUAGCUGUUGUUGGCUUUACUGUGCACUACUUUAUUUUUGUGUUCCAUGUGAACUCUAGUCUGUGGUCAGGAAUUUUUCUGCUGAAUUUUUGUUUCUAUAGCCCUCUGUUUCUAGUAUGGCCAAGGUGAGCCAGAGUACUGUCAGGUGUGAGCGUCGGUGAGGUUUUUCAAAAGCUGAGGGUGAUGAUGUAGAUUUAGGCUGGGUGUGUUAAGUAAGGAUCUGCACUUAUCUUUGGGAAAAAAAAUAUUUUAAAAGAAUUUCUACACAACCUUGUUUACAUAAUAUAAAUAUCAACAGAGUACACAGGUGACAGUUGUUGAUGGUCUAGGUUGUUCUUAGAGGUAGUCUUGUCAUGGAAUCUGUUUUAAGGUUUGUUUGACCAAAUGAUGUAGGAGAGUGUGACUUGUAACAUCCAACAGUGUUUAGUGGGUUUUUUUGCUUUGUUUUUGAAGCGUUUCUUUCGGUUCCCUUUGUCUUGCCUCCCUCCUCUCUUUGAGCUGCUAAAGUGCUUCCCCUGUACCCGGGGAAGAUGGGUGCUUCCAGCCCCCCGACCAGGCGUGCAGCAAGCCUCGCCAGGCUGUCAGAGCCCUCAGGGCCUACAGACCGCAUUCUUGGGUGGUGGUACUGGGAACCAGCAAGGGGAGGGGGAGCAUGGCAAAGGCAAAGUGCUGAACCAAAUAGAACAUGUAAAUCUGACGUAGUUUAGGCUUGCAAUAAGGAACACGGGUGCAGUGAAACAGCUUUAAGGAGCAUAGAGCCAAUCAAAGCGUGAGCAGAGCGGGAGAUAAGCCAAAUGUUGGGGAAUGUUCUCUUCUUGCACUACCAUCAGUCACCCAGGGAGCAGGACACACUGCAUUGGUGGGAUGCCAUGGAUAUUGAACAGGAACAUCAGGACCACAAGUGGGAGAUGCCCUUUGUGGGGAACGGCAGCGUUUCUUGUCUUGCUGCUGAAGCCAGCUGGGCACAUCUCUCCUGGUGGGAAAUGCAGAUGCAGACAUUUGUUGUUUGCAGAAGUACAAAGUUAGGACAGUUCCCUGUCCUGUGUGCAGUUGCUUCUGCCACAACUGUGGCCAUCAUAAAACCUCAGAAGCAAAUAGCUGUUGAACAGUUUGAUAUCUAUUGCACAUCUCAGUUGUUGGACACGGGCAAGAAUCAUUUAGCACAUGGAAAAGGAGACUGUUGCUUUAGAAUUGACUGUAUAUGGCUAUUUUUAUCCUAGCACAUAGUGUACAAGUCCUUAGUAGAUCUCAAGGUUCAACUUACCGAAAUCUUUGUGAUGUAACACCCAUUUCUUUCUAGAAUGGCCCAAGCACUUUAUAAAGAUGAUCUGAACCACGUUAUCCUCCUUUUGUGAAUGGGUAUGCUGAGGCCUCAGGAGAGGCCUUGCUUCUCCAGAGUGACCCAGCAGGUCAGAGUAGUUGAGGAAGAAUCCUCUCAAGUCCCCGCAUGGUCCCUCAUGGGUGUGCUGUGCUGCCUCCCUGGGGGAGGGCAAGUCACAGGCAAAAGUGCUUGGGACUCAUCACAGGCGCUGACCGGCUUCAUGGUGAUGAAAUCCUGGGAGAGUCUGAAAGUCUUAAGCCCUGAAAGCACAUUUUGAAGCUGGCUGGCAUAGUUAUCACUUUUGCUCAAGAAUCUUUAUGCUCUCAAGCCUUUUUUUUCCCCCUUCUCGUUUUUCUGAAGGUCAGCUGUUUUUCUGAAGGCUUGUAACCUGUUCUUUCCACGUCUUGUGUCACAGCCACCUUAGUGCUAAUGGAGGCUGAAAUGGAACAACCUCUGGUUCUUUCCUGAGCCACGUCGGCCACUAAGUAGCACAAAGUCUCUUGUCCUCUGCACGCUGAACCAAAUUCCAACAUGUUUUCUCUGGCAACAGAUCUGUCCACUUGAGUAUCAAGGGAUAUUUUCAGCUGGAUUCUAGUUCAGUGUUCUGUUUUCUCAGUGCUAAUCUGACUUUUUCCAUCUUUUUUUUUUUCCCUGUGCUUUGCCUUCUUGGGAAAAAAAAAUACCCAAUUUAACUUUAUUUAAUGGAAGUUUGCAUUGUUCACACUGGCAUUUUUAAAAGCUAAGUAUAUUGUAUGACGCACAUGCAUAUGACAAACCUAAAGAAGGCAUUUUAACUGAGUUCAAGGUCAUGGCUGCCCCUAAACUCCACGAUUUUCUGAAUCCUACUGAGUGCUUGUAGCUAGUCUGGGCUUCCGUGCUUUUUUGCUGGUUAGUUGUAGUAUUUUCUCACGGUGAGAAGAUGCAUUCUUUGGUAAUGUCCAGUGCAGCUACUUAGACAUGGCGUUAUUUAUAAAUAUAUGCAGUACAUUGGUUUGGCUGUUCAGCAUUCAUGACACUGGCACGUAGGUUCUACCAUAAAUAGCUUUUGGUUCUUUUAUCAAGCGCUGACUUCCUUAUGCUCCAAAGAGGAUUCCCCCACUCCUUUGUUUUUGUGUCCCCUCUAUUUCUUCUGUAUCCCAACCUAAAAUCGUUAAGCUAACUUAAUGCUUUGUACUCAGAAAUAUUGUGAUAGUCCUAGCAUUAAUUAGCCUACCUUUGUGAACAAAAUGUAUUUUACCAGAUUUUUUUGCUUCAGAGCUGGACUAUCAGUGACUAUACUUCUUGGCAGUGUACUUCUGGUCAUCAGACCCAACCGGGCUGAUCUCAACUCCUAGGUUCUGUGUUGUGGGGAACAGACCGUGAUGAAUGUAUUUCUAGCAGUUUCCCAUGAAUGAAUCUAAACUUGAGCUGUACUUGUUCUGAAAAUGAAAGUUAUUUAUUUUAAGAAAAGAAAUCCAGAUAGUGUUGCUUUUUACAGCAUAAUAAAUGGAAAUACCAAGAUGA